AUGGCUAUCAGUCCGAAACUGGGCAACAGCUUCCAUCUACAGAUGGAUGAUUUGAUGGCUGUUUCUUUUAGUACUGCUACAAUUGUCGUCUAUGCUUCCACCCCUGAUGCCACCCCUUCUGUCCCUGAUGCUGUCGGUGUUGUUGCAACCAUUGCUGUCUCCAUUGCUGAUGCUGAGUGGGAGAAAUCCAAAUGCAUAAACCUCCUUAGUUCCUGUAUUCUGAGGUAAGAAUCUGUAUCCACCACCCAAAACGUACUCAAUUAAUUUUUGUAUUGCGUGAGCACUCCUCUCACCGUUCUUGUAAUCAACAAGACACUUGUGCUCACUUCUUGGUGAAAGGAGAAAAGUUGCAAUGUGCUUGUUACUGAAUGUGUAGGAAUUUGUUUUUACAAAAACCUGUUUCAUUAUGCCAGUAAUGUAGAGGAAGCUUCAGGUAUUUAGGAACAAAACUGAACACUGGGAAAGUAAAAAUGUGCAAGUAUAAAAAACUUAUAUAUAUAUAUAUAUGUAUAUGCAUUGGAUCCUAUCUACAUGUUCGUGCAAACAUCACAAUAGGUUAUUCAACAAAACCGUCAUCAACGCCUACGCGUCUUUUGAAACGACUGCAUGCGUUGAGCUGUUGGCAAUAAAGUCUUCGAUAGUGGCCUUCAAGAAAUCCAUCGGUAUGGUGAGUAAGUUUGUUUGUCUCUUUCUUAACAGCUCCCCAGACAUACCAGUCAACUGGGCAUCAACUGGACGACCCAGGAGGCCAAAUGCUGA